AUGGUCCUAAAAGGCAAUUUUGCGAAGGAAAAAUUUGAGUUGUCGCCCUAUAGUUUUGAUCAAGAGCUAUCACGUGAAGAAUUAGCGAAAAUGAUCAUCAUGCAUGAGUAUCCUUUGAAGAUGGUUGAACAUGAAGGCUUUAAAGACUUUGCUAAAAGUUUGAAUCCUUGCUUUAAAAUGGUAACAAGGAACACAGUAAAGAGUGAUUGCUUUAAGAUUUAUGAAAAGUUGAAGGAAUCUGUGAUGCACGUUUUUGAGAUGAAUGAGAGUCGAGUAGCAAUCACAACAGAUUUGUGGACAUCCUCUCACCAGAAGAGAGGAUUCAUGGCGGUCACUGCACAUUAUGUUGAUAACAAUUGGAAGUUGCAGUCUCAUAUUAUCAGGUUCAUUUAUGUGCCUAGUCCGCAUACUAGCGAAGUUCUGUGUGAAGCUUUAACUGGAUGCAUCUUAGAUUGGAACCUCGAUCGCAAGUUAUCCACAAUCACGGUGGACAAUUGUUCGACGAACGAUGCUAUGAUGAGAUUGUUGUUAGAGAAACUUUCAUCGAACUCGCUACUGUGCGGCGGGAAAUUAUUGCAUAUGAGAUGUGCAACUCAUAUAUUGAAUUUGGUGGUGGAAGACGGGUUACGCGUCAUUGGAAAAACCAUUGAGAAGGUGAGAGACAGUGUUUCAUGCUGGACCGCGACUCCUAAGAGAAUGGAGAAAUUCGAGGAGUCAGCUCGACAGCUUCGUGUGGAACUUGACUGUAAAACUUGA